AUGGGGGAAACUAAGAUAAUUUACCAUAUUGAUGACGAGGAUACUCCUUAUUUAAUUAAACUUCCCAUUCCAGCGGAUAGAGUGACUCUAGGGGAUUUUAAAAAUGCUUUGAAUAGACCCAAUUUUAAGUUCUUUUUCAAGUCAAUGGACGAUGAUUUUGGGGUGGUUAAAGAAGAAAUUGUGGAUGAAACCGCACAUUUACCAUGUUUCAAUGGCAGGGUUGUAUCCUGGUUGGUGGCUGCAGACAACAGUGCAUCGGACAAUCAGUCAGUCUCAGACUCUCAGAGUGGUGACGUAGUCCAACUUCCAGCUGAGAGAGUAGGAGGCAUCGGCGACAGUCGACCACCAUCAUUUCAUGCAAAUGCAUCAAUGGUGAGUCGAGAUGAACCCUGUGAUACCUGUACGGAAUCUGACUCUGUUGUCAGUGCAGCAAGACGAGGUCCACGCAUCAACGGACACGGUCACCUUAAACAUGAGCGACACAGACAUCCAGGGGCCAUGUAUGAAUCUUCUACCAUUCUCAGCAGUGAUCUAGACUCCACCAGUUUUAUUGACUCUGAGGAAGACACAGCCAGCAGGUUUUCUACAGUUACAGAUUCAACAAAUAUGUCUUCCAAGUAUGGACGCCACCGGCGCCGAAGACGGCGGCAUCGUCCUCCGCCUAUUAGCCGGGCAUCUUCGUUUAGCAGUAUAACAGAUUCUACAAUGUCUUUGAAUAUUAUCACAGUUACUUUAAAUAUGGACACAGUAAAUUUCUUAGGGAUCAGUAUUGUGGGUCAGAGCAACAAAGGUGGUGAUGGAGGUAUUUACGUGGGGUCCAUCAUGAAAGGAGGGGCUGUAGCACAGGAUGGGAGGGUAGAGCCAGGAGAUAUGAUUCUGGAAGUCAACGGCGUCAGCUUUGAGAAUAUGAGCAAUGAUGAUGCCGUGAAAACGUUGAGAGAAGCUGUACAGAAACCUGGUCCUAUUGUUCUAGUCGUCGCCAAGUGCUGGGAUCCAAACCCCAAAGGUUACUUCACUGUUCCACGGCAAGAGCCAGUUCGUCCAAUUGACCCCUCAGCUUGGGUGGCCCACACGACCGCCAUGAGGGAACAGUACAUGGGAGCACGGGUGGGAGUUAGCGCGCCUUCUGUCAGCAACAUGACCUCAACCACUUCAUCAUCAUUAACCAGCUCUAUACCGGAGUCAGAACGUGGUUUCGAUGAUCUGAACCUCACCAUCAACACAGACAUGGCCUCCGUGGUGAAGGCGAUGGCACAGCCUGACUCGGGGCUGGAAAUUAGGGACAGGAUGUGGCUGAAGAUUACUAUAGCUAAUGCAUUUAUAGGUGCUGAUCUAGUAGAUUGGUUGUUCACACAUGUAGAAGGAUUUUCUGACCGCCGUGAUGCCCGAAAAUAUGCUUGUCACCUACUAAAAGCUGGCUACAUCCGGCACACAGUCAACAAACUGACCUUCUCAGAACAGUGCUACUAUAUAUUUGGGGACUACUACGGAGAUCUAGCAUCUUUGAAUCUGGAAGAUGUGGACUCAGUGUCUGAAGCCGAUCGUGAUACUUUAGCACCGUUGCCGCCGCCUUCCUGGACCACCUGCCAGUUUCCUUACAGCUCCGGCACCUUCCUGCCCCAGAACGUCCACUACAUCCCAGCCUACGUCCUCAACAGCGGAGACAAUGCCAGCUUUGUGGGUAGUUUUGUGGAUAUGGCACCUGGUGUUCCUUCUCCGGGAAUAGGCAUCCAUGGGAGCACAGUUGGAGGUGGCAGUACUGGCAGUGUCCACAGUGCUUCAGGAAGCAGUGCUUCAGGCAGCAGCAAGAAGGACAAAGACAAAUCUGGCAAGUCGGGCAGCGGCAGUGACACGGAUGCAAGCUUAAUAAACACACGGAGAUUGGGCGCCCCCUCUGCACCAGGCGCCCCACCUCUAUCCAAUUUAUCAUCCGUCCCUUCAGACAUCAGCGGCAGUCGGCAGUCCUUCCGCAUGGCCAUGGGCAACCCCUGUGAGUUCUUUGUGGAUGUGAUGUAG